UCCUAUGGGCGCGGGGCGGGCCUGAACGCCUCCCCCAAUGGGCGGCAGUCGGGGGCGUGACCGCGCGGUGGCCAGCGGCAGGUGGCUGGGUCCUCAGUUCCCCGCGCGCGCUGGCUCCGGCGGCCUCUCCGCAGCAUGGCCGGCCUGGGAAGGCCGGGCCCAGGGCCCCGCGCCGCGCUGCCCGCUUGGAAGCGGGAGAUCCUGGAACGGAAGCGGGCCAAGUUAGCUGCCCUGGGAGGGGGCGCGGGGACGGGGACUGGGCCGGGCUCGGAACCCACGCCGCCGCAGGAUGAGAAGCUGGUUCUGGCCGAGAGCCUGGGUCCGCUGCGCGAGAACUUAUUCAUGCGGCUCGAGUCCGAGCGGAGGCGCGGGGCGCUGCGGGGUGGGGGCGCGGGCGCGGCGGGGGCGCGGCCGGUGCAGCAGCUGCUGGAGCUCUACCGCCGAGUGCCGGGUGUGCGCACCAUCCGCGCAGACAACAUCCUCAUUAUCGAGUCUGCGUCCGACUUCGAGCCCGCACCUGGCGCCGCCGCCCGGAUUCGCGCCGCUGAAGUGGUGGUGUACGAGGCACCACCGCCGCCCGGCCGUGUCAGUCGUCUGCUGCAGAAGUUCGACCCGCCCGCCACUCCGCGCGGCUGCCGGAGCCCGGAGCGCAGCCGCCGGCCACCACCCGCCAGCUCCGCCGCCCCGCGCCAGGGAGAGCGAGCCUCCGGCGCCGAGUCCGAUCGCCGCGGAGGACUGGGCCUGGGCGCUCGGUGCAGCGACUUCUUGCAAAAGACCGGCAGCAACUCCUUCACUGUCCACCCUCGGGGCCUGCACGGCGGUGUGGGCGCUCGUCCGCUCCCCAAUGGGCCCCCGACCCCUGAGCUCCAGGCCGCCGCUGCCAACGGCCUCGAGGGCUCCGGGCCUGAGCCGCCUGGAUUGGGCGAAUGGAAGCCAAAGGUGGAGUCGGGGUCAGCUCCCCUCCACCCGUCCCCCAGUCCCGGGACCCCCAGUGCCACUUCAGCCGCGCCUACGGCCUUCCCCACGCCCAGUCCUGCUAGUGCCACUCCCAGUCAGCGCCAGUGGGUCUCUGCGGCCACCAGCGCCAACGACUCCUUUGAGAUACGGCCAGCCCCCAAGCCAGACCUGGACACGAUUCCUGUUGGGGAUAUACAGGCCAGGGCUCUGGCCAACCUCCGUGUGAACUCUCGAAAUUCCUUCCUGCUGGUUCCCAAGCGCAAGACCUCCGGAGCCCCUCCUCCUGAGGGGAGGCUUUCUGUGGGUCUACUAGAGCCAGAGGGGUGCUGGACCUCUGAACGCCUGGAUAGAAAAACUCAGCAGGCACCUGGACCAGAUGGCUCUCUUUCCCAUGGGAGGAGCCCUUUAGGGUUUGAAGAGAGGGGUUGCCCCAGGCCAGCCAUUGCCCUUGUGGAUCAGGCCGUUAAGUGGCAGAGGUCAUCCUCACCACCCCCAUCCCCAAGGGUUCCUGCCGAAGCUGAGCCUGCCCAGAGUGUCAGAGCUCCCAUCUUGGUUAGGAAUGGUGGAGAGCUUGGGAGACCAGGGCUGCCCAUCACCUUCAUCGAUGAAGUGGACUCAGAGGAUGAGAUCCCUCAAGAAGCCAAACUGCCUUCAGGGGCCAAUGUACCUCCCCAGUAUCAUCUGCACCCAACCAGGCCUCGACACCUAUCAGAGCUCCAGCACAGAGGUGGCAACACCUUCGUGGUGGUGCCCAAGAGGAGGCCAGGGGCCCUGCAUGCCAAUGGGGAACCUGGGCUGCUGGAGGCCGAGCCAGAGGAGAAAGGCAACCUCUCAGAGUCCCCUGCCACCCCAGGAGCUGAGCUGAAGAAGCGCUACCCCACCGUGAAUGAGAUUGAGGUGAUAGGUGGCUACCUGGCCCUGCAGAAGUCCUGCCUCACUAAGGCCAGCUCUUCCAGAAAGAAGAUGAAGAUCUCCUUCAAUGACCAGAGUCUGCAGACCACAUUUGAAUACCCUUCUGAAAGCUCCCUGGUGCAGGAAGCUGAGGAAAAGGAACAGGAGGAGGAAGAGGAGGAAGAGGUGGAAGAGGAAGAGGAAGAGGAGGGGGCUGUGACGCCCUUCAAGCUCUUCCUGCCCCGAGCCACGUUCAUCAACAACGUGGGACCAGAGAGCCCUUGGCUGCCUGAAGGCAGCUCCUACCUGUCUAGUUAUACUCCCAAGCACUCCAUGGCCUUCAGCAAGUGGAAGGAGCAGACUGUGGAGCCAACUCACAGUGAGGAGGAGCCUCCACCGAAGGAGGUCAUGCUCACCCCGGCCAGUCAGAAUGAUCUCUCUGACUUCCGCAGCGAGCCAGCCCUGUAUUUCUGACCCAGACCCUGCCAGCAAUGCCAAGCCUGAGCCCAGGAGAUCCACCAUCAUUCUGCAGCCUCCUCUGCACAUUCCACAUUCCUGCCCUCCUUGGGGCCCCACAGCCUAGCUGUGUUAGGCCCUGGCCUGGGGCACUGCCCCAUGGGACAGCAGGGUGUCAGGUGCUAUGCCUGCAACUGUCCUGGGUAAAAGGUGGCCUGCUGCCUGACCCUCUAGACCCUGCACAGUGGAGCCUGUCGCCCCCUUUGUAACGAAUGGCAAGUCCUUUCUUGUCUGAUGGACUCUGAAUAAACAGCACUGGAUGAGCUGU